CGCGACAUAAUAUAAAUAUAUAAAAGCUGUGGCUACAUAUGAUAUUGAAGCACAAACAGACAAAGCAAGUUCGCCACAGUUUUGCUACAGUAUAGCUUAAAAUGGAACAAGAAACUGGGGAAUUAGUUAAUUCUGUAAUAUCAAAAGCGAUUUUCCAGUUCGCUUUGACAAGUCUGCAUAAAUAUGCGACGAUCAAGCCAAAGGAAGAUUUUGUUUUUAGUCCAUAUAAUAUAUAUCAAGGACUUUACUCUGCUUAUAUGAUUUCAAGUGGUGAAAUGGAACAGCGUUUAAGAGAUAUUCUUUAUUUACCGAAUGUUUCGAAGUAUGAGUUGCUGAAAAUUAUUAUUUUUAAUAAAUACCCCGGAAAACGGCCUGCACGUUAUAAAGUUUCUACCUUUUAUAUGCCUUACCAUUACGUAAUUCAAAAUCAAUGUAUAUUUUUAAACAAAAAACUUCGUGGAGACAUCGAAACAAUGAGAUUACUGUACAAUGCUGGAUUUCGAUCUAAAAGCAAUAAUAAUAUCCAGGAUACAAAUAGAGAGCUCAAUGAAUCUCUGCAACCUCUGCUAGAGAAUUUUUUUCGUAAAUUGGUGAACUUAAAAGUAAAAACAGAAGAUAUGGAUAUUUUUUUGGCAAACGUAUUUCAUUUCCAUGGUCGAAAUCUAAUCGUCUCUCAAUCGUCUUCUUUUCAUCUGAAUUUUAAAACAUUUUCCAGUGAUGAAUUGCAGGUGGACGUAAAGGAGUUAAUAAUCAAGGAACAUUUUACGUCGCUGUAUAUAUUGAAACCUACUUCAACAAGCACAAACAACACGAUUAAAACAGAUAUGAGCACUGGCCUUUCCAGCUUGAUUGAAAGAUUGUCAACAAGCGAGGGAAUGGAUAUACUUCAGAAGUUACUGUCUUGUGCAGAAACAGAUAAAUCACUGUCUUUCGAUAUUCCGCCGAUUUUCGAAAUCGAAAAGUAUCUGGAUAUGCGUGCUCUGUUGCGGGAACUAAACGUCGAGCAAUUAUUGACGCCCGACGCGAUUCCUUUAGACCACAUUUUCGUGGAAGACGAUCAAAGCGCGCACUUCGGUAAUGCCGUGCACCGUGCUCGUGUCAAGGUCACGCAAGAGGACGUCAAGGCGUCUGCAGUAACCGUGAUCAGCGGACAAGAAUCCUGUUCGAACGACAUUAUAACCGACGUGAAUACCAAUUAUCCAUUUCUUUGGUUAAUUUACGAUAAAAUGAACGCAGAUAUUCUCUAUAUCGGCGUCUUUAAUAAAGUUGACAAGCCCGUUUCUUGAAUUGGGUUGACAGAUACAAAUUUUAUCAAACGAACUGCUCAUUCUAGGAGUUUAUUGGAAAGUCUUCAUAAUUAUGAUAACAAAUUUAAGGGAAGCCAGUUUUGAAGCUUUAAAAAAUAUGAUUUUUGAGAAUUUUUUAUUGGAAAAACUUUACAGCGUAUUAUUUGGAAAUAUUUAGGCAAUUGUUAUUAAAUUUUCGUAUAAACAUUUUAUUUAUUUAAAAAUGUAGACUGUGAAGAUCGCCCAUGAGGAAUCUUCUUGCCGUGGAAAUUGCAAAUUGACAAGUAAUUUCAUAUACAUCUAAAUUUGUCUGAAAUUAAAUACUAAAAAUUUAUUAUUAUUUCAGUCUAAACCUGCACCAUAUUGUUAAAUUUAUACUAUUUUCUUAUUUUAUUUGUUAGUCAGCAAUGCAAUAUGAUAAAUAAUAAAAAAAUUGAUGUUUUAAUUUAAAACCAAUUUAGAUAUAUGAAAAUGCUCGCAAAUUUACAACUGGUGAUUAAGAUACGAGUUGAUUUUUAUAAAGCGCCCUUUACAGACCAUUCAUUGCAGAACAUAUAUAUGUAAAUAAUUAAUAAUUGCUAAAAAUUUUGCAAUGAUCCGCUAUGCUGUUUUACUAAAAAAAUUGUCAAAUAAUAUCUUUUUUAGCUUCUCUUAAAUUUAGAAGUACACAAAUCGGAUAUAUUUUUUGAAAUGGUGAUUGGUAACAAAUAUG